AUGUACAAGAUAACAGAACAUCCAUUUGUGAUUCGGUUCCUUCCUCAGACAACCAUUGAUGAAGUCAUCCACAGUGCUCCCGUGAUCACCGUUCAGAAAUUCAUGCUAAGGAAGCAUGAACAUCUGCAAGCUCUGGCGAACACUAGCUUGGGACUUCCUGGUCUGUCCCCCUCUUGCCUUCUAUGCUUCAUAGUUUAG